AUCCUUUUUCUCUUCCCCAGUAAGAGAUGCUAAAAACCUAGUUCCUAUGGACCCUAAUGGCUUGUCAGAUCCCUACGUGAAGCUUAAACUAAUCCCCGACCCCAAAAACGAAAGCAAACAGAAGACCAAAACUAUCAAGUGCUCCCUGAAUCCUGAGUGGAAUGAGACAUUUAAAUUCCAGCUGAAGGAGGCGGACAAGGACAGGCGGUUGUCUGUGGAGAUCUGGGACUGGGAUCUGACCAGCAGGAAUGAUUUCAUGGGCUCCCUGUCCUUCGGGAUCUCUGAGCUGCAGAAGUCGGGAGUGGAUGGAUGGUUCAAGCUGCUCAGCCAGGAGGAGGGCGAGUAUUUCAAUGUCCCGGUGCCUCCUGAGGGAGAAGAAGGGAACGAGGAACUGAGGCAGAAAUUUGAGAGAGCCAAGAUUGGAACGGGCUCCAAGGCUGCGGAUGAGAAGACAAGAAAUGCCAUUUCCAAAUUAGACAACAACGGCAGCCGGGACCGGAUGAAGCUUUCGGAUUUCAACUUCCUGAUGGUGCUGGGGAAAGGAAGCUUUGGGAAGGUGAUGCUGGCUGAGAGGAAGGGCACGGACGAGCUGUACGCCGUGAAGAUCCUGAAGAAGGACGUGGUGAUCCAGGACGAUGACGUGGAGUGCACGAUGGUGGAGAAGCGCGUCCUGGCUCUCUCGGGGAAGCCUCCGUUCCUGACCCAGCUCCACUCCUGCUUCCAGACCAUGGAUCGCUUGUAUUUUGUGAUGGAGUACGUGAACGGUGGGGACUUGAUGUACCAGAUCCAGCAGGUCGGGAGGUUCAAGGAGCCCCACGCUGUAUUCUACGCAGCAGAAAUAGCCAUCGGGCUCUUCUUCCUGCAGAGCAAAGGCAUCAUUUAUCGAGACCUGAAGCUGGACAAUGUGAUGCUGGACAGCGAGGGGCACAUAAAGAUCGCCGACUUCGGCAUGUGCAAGGAGAACAUCUGGGACGGGGUGACCACCAAGACCUUCUGUGGCACUCCGGACUACAUCGCGCCCGAGAUCAUCGCUUACCAGCCCUACGGGAAGUCUGUGGACUGGUGGGCGUUUGGAGUCCUGCUCUACGAGAUGUUGGCUGGCCAGGCCCCCUUUGAGGGAGAAGAUGAGGAUGAGCUCUUCCAGUCCAUCAUGGAGCACAACGUCGCCUACCCCAAGUCCAUGUCCAAGGAGGCAGUGGCGAUCUGCAAAGGGCUGAUGACCAAGCACCCCGCCAAGCGCCUGGGCUGCGGCCCCGAGGGGGAGCGGGACAUCAAGGAGCACGCGUUCUUCCGCUACAUCGACUGGGACAAGCUGGAGCGCAAGGAGAUCCAGCCCCCCUUCAAGCCAAAGGCUUGCGGACGCAAUGCUGAAAACUUCGACCGGUUUUUCACUCGCCAUCCACCCGUGCUCACUCCUCCCGACCAGGAAGUCGUCGGGAACAUUGACCAGUCAGAAUUCGAAGGAUUUUCCUUUGUUAACUCUGAGUUUUUUAAGCCUCAAGCCAAGAGCUAAGUUGCUGUGCAGAUCUCAUCCCUGCAUCUGUCAUCCAGCUCCAGCUGCUGUUGUGGUGACACAUUCCAUUGCAAAACUUCAUCCGUGGGUCUUCUUUAGUUCCCUGCUAGAGUGACCGAAUUCCAAGUGUCUUCCUGUUAUUUGGGGCAUCACUGGAGGGGAGUGAUGUGCGAGAACUGCUGCAAAUGGGCGUUUGUAACAUUCUGUUUGUAGAAAAUGGGAACAGCUCGGUGGGUGACAGAAUGAAAACAGAGGCACGGUGACAACCGGGAGAAAUCCCUUCAUCUUGUGCUUUAAUUCCUGCUCUCUCAUUUUCGUAGUGUUUUAAUACAAUCAGGAAAUUUUAAUAUUUAGCCUUAGUGGCAAGUCAGUGUUUUUAAUGAAACCAUUGGGAGUUUCUGUCCUCCCUAAAGCUCUGCAGAGCCAAGAUGCUGGUUCUGGCUCCUUUUCUGGCUGUGUCCAGCCCCACCAGAGCUCCCCUUCCCUGCACAGAUCCAUUGGGCUGGGUCCCCAGCAGUGGGAUAAGUUAUUCAGGAAGGCAGAGCUGCCCUUGGCAAAGAUUUCUCCUGAUUGUGCAGUUUCUAAGUAGCAUUUUUUUUAAAAUCAAAGCAAACAUCCAGUGGUAAAUGGGAAAUUUGGAGGAGCUGCUUUUGAAUCCGUGGUCACCCUAGUGAACACCACCAACAUCCAUUCCCUAGCGAAGCUUUUUCUUCUUUUCAAAUGCCAAAGCCAUUGAUGGAGUUCGUUACCUGUGCUUUAAAUGUGUCAAAAAUGGUAUUGACCCGAACGGGAGAUACUUAACUCUGACCAGUAUUGUGGAUUCUGAUAGAGAAACUUGUUUCAACCCGUAUUUCUAUCCUUAAAAAUUGCAGCUAGGUAUUUAAAUGGCCCGAGUUUUGUUUGUGGCAUCAAAGGAAACCUUUCAGGAACGGUGAAUUCCUCUUGAAAGGACAACAAUCACGCUGCUUCCUUUUAUACCCUUGCAGAUGUUCGUGGGCUGUCACUGUAUCAAUCUGCUUGAUUUGUAAUGUGCCAAUUUAUUUUUUUCUGAUACCGAUUAUAAAAUAAAAAGUGAGAAAACACGCCCCAGAGAGCUGCAUGUGAUUGGCAAUGCUGAGUUUCUGCAGUGCAGCGAGGCCGUUCCUUCCGACCGCUGGGGCUGGGAGCUGCCCCGGCUGCUGGGGGAUGCUGGAGCCGCGGAUCGUUCUUCCUCUGCCUUCAUCCCAAAACUCCGAGGUGGGAAGCGCCAUCCAGGAGGGAAUGAUUUCCCACAGCCUCCCGCAGCAGCCACGGCUGGGAAGGAGUUUGUGUGGCCGCUCAGGGAUCGCGGGGAGCUCCUUGAGCAGAGCCCACUGCAGCAUCGCCUCGCGCUCCCCGAGACUGCAGCGAGCGCCGGUGACUCAUCCAUCCAUGCAUCCAUCCAUCUGUCCGUCUGUCCCUGCCUGCUCUCCCAGGAGCGCCUGCGGGCAGCUAAAGAAGGAUUACAGGUUCCUGUCAGCUUCCCUCCUGCUCUGGGACUCCACUUCUGCCAGCCUCCGUGCUCUGGACGCUGCAAGGUUCUUCCCAGCGGUCCUGAACAUUGGUGGGAGCCGAUCCCUGGAGCUGCGCCGUGGGCUGUGAUCCUCGCUGUGAUCCUCGCUGUGAUCCUGUGAUCCUCACUGUGAUCCUGUGAUCCUCACCGUGAUCCUCGCUGUGAUCCUCGCUGUGAUCCUGUGAUCCUCACUGUGAUCCUGUGAUCCUCACCGUGAUCCUCACCGUGAUCCUCGCUGUGAUCCUCGCUGUGAUCCUGUGAUCCUCACUGUGAUCCUGUGAUCCUCACCAUGAUCCUCGCUGUGAUCCUCACUGUGAUCCUCACUGUGAUCCUCACUGUGAUCCUCGCUCUGAUCCUGUGAUCCUCACCAUGAUCCUGUGAUCCUCACCGUGAUCCUCGCUGUGAUCCUCGCCGUGCUCCUCGACACCUCCCAGAGUCAAUUCUCCCAGUGCUGGAGGCACUUUGAGCCCUGAGUGUCCCCUGUGCUCCCCUCUCUCCAUGAGAUCCACGCAGCCGUUCCCUGCCCGCUCCCAGACUGUUCAUCAUCUUGACAGAGGCCAAAUUGCCACCAGUUCAGGCAGAAUUCAAGGUAAGACACCAGCACCCUGCACUUUGCCGUGCUCAGCUUCCAGCCAAGGCCCCAGGGAGUGGGGGGCUGCUGGAGAGGGCAGUGCAGGGGAGUGGGCUGCCCCAAGCCCCCUCCUGGGCACAUCACAGCCUCUCCCAGAGCUUCCUACUGCCAAAAAGCAGUGGCAGGAGGUUUUUCCCACUCCAGGGCUCCCAGGCUGAGCACUCCCGAGGGCUGGGGACCACGGUGGCAACUUGCACCCAUCACAUGUGGAUGUGUCGUUCCUCUUUGCAGCAUCCCACAGCAUUCCUGCUCAGCAGAAGCUCCUGGUUUGGUAGGACAGUGCUGUCCUGGCCCAGGUUGGUUUGGAUGGAUGUGGCCUUCAGGAGCCAUGUGGUGAGCUCAGAACCCUCCAGGAGCCUGGCUCCACUUCUCAGAGAGACCCCGAGCACAGCCACGGCCGCUCUGCCAGGGACCACCGGCCCUCGUCCCUGGGGGACCCUCUGCCAUCGAGGUGGGCUCGUCCUCACAUCCCGACUGCUCCACCCUUUGCCUGCAGAACUCUGCACCUCAAGUUCACCCCUUCGCCCUGUCUGCCCUUCCCUGCUCCUGCUCUGUGCUCCCAAAUCCACAUCUCCUUCCUUCUCUGUGCUGGAGAGAGGAGCCCCGGAGGGACUCAGCGCUCAGGGCCGGGCUGGGAGCCGCAGACACCGGUGUCCUCCGGAGCGUCGCCGUGCGCCCAAGGCCCCGCAGCACAGCCUCAACCUGGCUCUUCUCCUGCCUUUCCUCUCUCGGCUCCUUGACUUCCAUCCAGACCUGCUUUUCUUCCCACCUCGUCUCUUCUCCAUCAUCCUUGGCUUUUCCUGAUCUUCCUCCCCAAGGCUAAAGCCAUCCUGAUGGGAUGUUUCCUAUGGCAAGUGGAACCUCCAAGCAUCCCCUGAUGAUUCAGGGGUCCUGAAGCGUUGCUGGCUCAUCUCCCAGGGCUCAGUCCAGCUGAGGUGUGGUGCUCCAGGAAGCCCUGGCUCUGUGUCCUGGCCAUGCUCCUGCUUGAGGCAUGAAGGUGCCCCAGGGUCCCAUUGGGCCAAGAGGGACCGGGCAGGGAGGACACAGCAUCUCUCCUGCCAGGUCCUUCACCAGGACAGCAGUGGGAGGUCAGCCAUGAGGGAUGGGGUGUGGUGCAGGACCUGCAGGACCUCCACGGUUCCUUUCCUCAGUUCAAACUGGCAGAUGAAUCCAGGGCUGGAGAUCCUGGUGCAGCAGAACACAGCGAGGACUUGGUCUGGUGGGGCCACGCUUCAAGGGCAAAGUCUGGGAAAAAUGGAAAACAAAUACAGGUUUCUGCAAGGCGUUAAAUUUGUGACAGGGUCCCACCUGUGUCACGGCAGGGGAAGGUCACCUCAGCAGGGAGUUGGGGUCUCUCCUGUGUAGGGACAUGGAGAAGAGUUUUGUCCCUAUUGGCUUUAGUAAGGAGGCAGAGCAGAGCCAGUUCCCGGCUGCCAAUGUCCCUCCACUGCCGGGGGCUGUGGAUGACGGACCUGGGGUGCUGUACCUUCAGUGCUGUCACCCCUCCAGCCACGGCUCUGUCACCUCCCACAGCCGGACAGCCCUGAGCCAGGCGCUCUCUGAUCUGCAGGGUUUGGAGGAGCAGCCCACGCACUCCCAGCGCUGGCUCCGCACUGCUGAUUGCAGGUUCCCGGCGCUAAUCCUGACACUAAUGUCCUUUCCUUCCCUUUUUUGGCUUGGGUGUAGCUGAAAAGUUGUUCUUCUUAAGAAAUUGCAAGGGGAAAAUGUUGCAUAUGUGGAAUUUUCCUUCUCGGAGGUUUUGAAGUGCUGUGCGUUUUCUCUGUAGAACCCUGGAGCAAAUCACAUCCUCCAUCAAUGAACCAGUGUUGGUUAACACCGCAUCACGCCAUCAUUCAAAAGUCAAGCUUAAAGCAGAAAGAGCUCUUACAGCUGAUUAUUUUGUGCUAAUUUUGACAUGGUAGUGACUGUUGCUGCCAUUUCGAGGCAUGUUGCUUCCUCCAGGCUCCUUCCUCCUGUGCAGUGCUGGUUGCAGUGAGGGUUCUGCAUGCUGAGGACUGCUCCACAUCUCUCCCACAGCCAACAGGAGAGGAGGGAUGCUCCCUUCCCUUCCCAACCCCCCGGCUCUCCCCUGUCCCUCUGUGUCCUGCUCGUGUGUUUCAGGUGUGUUAAACUGUUCUUCUCUUCUUGCUGCUGGCGCGGGGCUGCUUCUCUUGUACAGGGCUGUGAGUUCCUGCUCAGUGGUGGCUUGGAAACCUGCGUGGAGUGUGGAGUGCUGGGACAGCCUGGCUCUCCUGGGGACAGCCUGGCUCUCCUGGGG